AUGCGCAGGGUAGUACACACUCGUCAACUCUCCCCGCUUCGUCAGGGUAAGUUGCCAAAGAUAAGAGGGAGAAACCGGAAGACCUUACCCACUAGACCCUCUUCUGAAUGCCUGAUACGAGAUCCGGCCGAAUUGUCAAUCCGUCCCACUGAGCUGUCUGUCCGUCCCAAUAGCGCCCGCCCCGAAGGCAUCAUAGACGACAAACAUUCAUUCAGGAAAGUGGCGUGUAAAGUUAAUAACAUCAUGAAAAUGAGAAGGAAAAAACGGACGUCCAAAUCAUCAAACGCAGACGAAAGCGACGAAUACGAAGAUGAAAGUUCAGACUGUGAAACUGUUUUAGAUGAUGUUGAUAACAUUGGGAUGAAAAGACUUCAUACAACCGAAGACCUUCAGUAUCGCUCGCUGUGUGAAGAGCUAGGGAUUAUUCCUUGUAAUGCCUUCGUCCGUCAGCUGAACAACCCACACGCAAACAUAUCGUACAACCAGCUUAUGCCAAUAGACUUCCGGGCAAUUUCAAUUAUUCUUAUUAACAAUGCGUGUAUAACGUCCCUGAAUGUCUCAAACAACAACCUUGGAACCAAAGGUGUCACCUACCUUGCUGACGUCAUAACAGAAAAUCCUUUCAUCGAAAAAUUGGAAAUGUCUGCUGUGAACAUGGAUGCAACAGGUUUUAAAUCACUCACCAAGGCUCUCCUGGAGAAUAAGAGUAUAACGUAUUUAGACAUAUCAAAAAACAACAUUGACAAGAAAAACGCCGAAGACAUGGCCAAAUUUAUAAGGACGAAUGACUACAUAGAACACCUGAAUCUAUCUGGAAAUCUGAUCGACAGUGAGACAGGGUGUAUCUUAGGACCAGCAAUAGCGUCAAAUUUAACGAUAAAAUACCUGGAUCUCAGCUGGAAUCACAUACGUCGACAAGGUGCUCGUAUAAUUACAGAGUCUAUUUGUAAAAACGUGGAGCUUGAACACGUGAAUCUGUCAUGGAAUGGACUUGCAGAGCAUGGCUGCAGAGCUUUCGGUACAAACCUCUCAAAAAAUCACACGCUACGAAUUCUUGACGUUUCCCACAAUAGGAUAACGUUUCAUACUUUGGGCAAUUUCCUGAAAGGCCUACAAUCCAACAGUACUCUGCAAAAUUUAAAGAUUUAUGGAAACCCCAUUACUACAGAUGGUGCCUUAGCCAUACUGAAGGUGUAUGAGAAUUCUCAAUCCUCAGUACUGGAAGAAAUCGACAUACAGGACAUUCCAAUAGAUGAAAAGUUUCAGAGACAAGCAUGGAAUUUGAUGGAGAAAAGAAAUAUCAAAUUACAUCACAGGGACCUGGUCACUAAACCGAUCACUCACAUAGGACGGACUCGACAUCUGAAUGACUUUAAUCCUGUUCUGAUUUUGUUUGAGUACAUGCGCCAGGAAGGCUUCCGGUUGGUUGAUCUGUUUCGAACCCUCGACACCGACAAUGACAGACAAAUAUCACGUGAUGAACUUAAGGCUGGCUUUGCUAAAAUGAACGUUCAUUUGACAAAUACACACAUAGAUCAAGUGCUCGGAAUUUUAGACAAAGAUCGAAACAACACUAUUGAUUACAGUGAAAUGAUAAAGGGGCGAAGAUAUGCUGAUCACAUUCGCCAGUCCUCCCAACAAUGUGGUAGGGAAAAUCUAGCCGAAAUGAUGGUCGAUUUGCAAAAGUUGAUGAAGAAAGCAAGAAUAGAGAAACAGACGAUAAAAUCAGCCAUGAGACGUAAACCACAGCUACUUCCUGAGAAUAUGUAA